AUGAGGCUCUAUGGGCUUCUUGCCGGCAAAGUGCUGGUAAUGGUGUCUUUGGUCUAUGCAGUUAGUUUUCCUGAAGACGAUGAACCUAUCAACUUUAUAGAUUACCACUAUUCAAGGCAAUAUCCAGUAUUUAGAGGACGCCCUUCAGGCAAUGAAUCACAGCACAGCUUGGACUUUCAACUGAUGUUAAAAAUUCGAGACACACUUUAUGUUGCUGGAAGAGAUCAAGUUUAUGCCGUAAAUUUAAAUGAAGUGCACAGGACCGAAAUUACACCAAGCAGAAAGUUGACGUGGAGAUCAGGUCAAGCAGACCGUAAGAAUUGUGCAAUGAAAGGCAAACACAAGGAUGAAUGCCAUAACUACAUCAAGGUUUUUGUUCCAAGAAAUGAUGAGAUGGUCUUUGUCUGUGGUACAAAUGCCUUCAAUCCCAUGUGCAGAUAUUACAGGUUAAGUUCUUUAGAAUAUGAUGGGGAAGAAAUUAGUGGCUUGGCAAGGUGCCCAUUUGACGCCAGACAAACCAAUGUGGCUCUUUUUGCUGAUGGGAAGUUAUACUCGGCUACCAUGGCAGACUUCCAAGCCAGUGACGCCGUGAUCUAUCGGAGCAUGGGGGAUGGAUUUGCUCUGAGGACAAUUAAAUAUGACUCCAAGUGGCUAAAAGAGCCACAUUUUCUGCAUGCGAUAGAGUACGGCAGUUACAUUUACUUCUUCUUUCGGGAGAUUGCUGUGGAGCAUAAUAAUUUGGGCAAGGCUGUACAUUCUCGUGUAGCCAGGAUAUGUAAAAAUGACCUAGGAGGAUCACAGAGGGUACUGGAGAAACACUGGACAUCAUUCGUAAAGGCAAGACUCAACUGCUCUGUUCCAGGGGAUUCUUUCUUCUACUUUGAUGUUCUGCAGUCUAUAACUGACAUAAUAGAAAUCAAUGGAAUUCCCACUGUUGUCGGAGUGUUUACUACACAGCUUAAUAGUAUACCAGGUUCAGCAGUUUGCGCUUUUACGAUGGAUGACAUCGAGAAGGCAUUCAGAGGAAGAUUUAAAGAACAAAAGACUCCAGACUCUGUUUGGACAGCUGUACCUGAAGACAAAGUACCAAAACCAAGGCCUGGUUGCUGUGCAAGACAUGGCCUUGCUGAAGGUUAUAGGUCUUCCACUGAAUUUCCAGAUGAAACUCUGGCUUUUAUCAAGUCCCAUCCCUUGAUGGACUCUGCAGUCCCUUCUUUAAGUGAAGAGCCUUGGUUCACAAAAACCCGUGUCAGGUACAGAUUGACAGCUGUUGCAGUUGACCACCUCGCUGGCCCCUAUCUUAACUACACAGUUAUAUUUGUGGGCUCAGAAGCUGGGAUUGUACUAAAGAUCUUGGCCAAGACUAAUCCAUUUUCUCUGAAUGACAGUGUAUUACUGGAAGAAAUUGAUGCUUACAACCGUGCAAAAUGUUAUGGAGACAAUGACGAGGACCGAAAGGUCUUGUCCCUGCAAAUGGAUAAAGACCACCACGCCUUAUUUGUAGCCUUUUCAGGAUGCAUUGUCCGUCUGCCUCUUAGCCGCUGUGAGCGGUAUGGCUCAUGCAAAAAGUCUUGCAUCAGUUCAAGAGAUCCUUAUUGUGGGUGGCUAAAUCAUGAAACCUGUGGCAGAGUCAAGCCUGGCAUGUUUUUUGGUUAUGAACAGGAUGUGGAGCAUGGUAACACGGCACAGCUCGGAGACUGCCAUGAAAAAUUGCCUACUACAACUACACCAGAUUACAAAAUAUUUGGCGAUCCAACAUCUGACAUUGAAGUUCCUACCACUUCUGUAACCACAGUGACAAGUAGUCCAGUCAUUCUCCCUAAAGUGAUUGGUUCCUGGAAACCCAGAAUGACUGGCGCUCGGAAAUUUGUCCAAGAAGAUGACCCAAACUCCUCUGAUUAUACUGAUACAUUAACAGGUGUCCCAAAUGGUGUAAGGUGGGAAGUACACUCGGGAGAAUCAAAUCAAAUGGUGCAUAUGAAUGUUCUGAUCACUUGCGUCUUGGCCGCAUUUGUUCUUGGAGCUUUCAUUGCUGGAGUUGUUGUCUACUGCUACCGGGAAAUGUUUGCACGAAAAACCAGAAAAAUACAUAAGGAUGCUGAGUCUGCCCAAUCCUGUACUGAUUCCAGUGGAAGCUUUGCCAAACUUAAUGGUUUGUUUGACAGCCCUGUGAAGGAAUACCAACAAAGCAUCGAUUCACCUAAACAUUAUACUAAUAUACUUACUAGUAGAAAGGAACUGCCACCUAAUGGUGAAACCAAGGUCAUCAUGAUGGAUGUUCAAGGACAGCCACCUGAACUAGCUGCACUCCCAACACCUGAAUCUACACCAGUGCUUCAACAAAAGAGCUUACAGCCAAUCAAAAACCAGUGGGAAAAAGCUCAAAAUAAUUUAAAUAUUUCACGUAAAGAAACCCCUCUUAAAAGUCCACAGUUUUUCCCUUCAAGCCCUCCUCCUCACUCUCCUCUUGCUCAUGGACAAAUCCCAAGUGCAGUUGUUCUUCCAAAUGCCACCCAUGAUUACAAUACUUCUUUUUCUAAUUCCAAUGCACACAAAUCAGACAAAAAGCUUCAUAACAUUGAACAUUCUUUAGUUAAACAGCCAAGUAAAAGAGAGCGGCGUUCUGUGGAUUCCAGAAAUACGCUGAAUGACUUUCUAAAGCAUCUGAAUGAAUCUGCAGGGAAUCCCAAAGCUAUAAUGGCAGAUAUACAAGUAGCUCAUCAGAAUACCCACCAGACUCCACAUCAGACACUAAUGCUUGACACUAUGGGAAAUAUGUCUGAAAUUCCACCUAAAGUUCCAAAUAGGGAGGCAUCCUUGUACUCCCCCUCUUCAACUCUUCCACGAAAUAGCCCAACAAAACGGGUGGAUGUGCCUUCUACCCCAAAUGGACAAAUCUCAUCUUUAGAAUCACAAAGAAGUUACCAUAAAAACUCUUCCCAGAGGCAUUCCAUAUCUGCUAUGCCCAAAACUAUGAACUCACCAAAUGGUGUCUUGAUUUCCAGACAACCUAGUGUUAAUAGAGGUGGAUAUAUGCCUCCAAGUCCUAACCCAAGGAUGGACUACAUGCAAGGAACACCUGUUAUAGUUCAUCAACAGACUUCCUUAUCACGGCAAAGCAGCUAUACAGGUCAUGGAACUCUCCCUCGUAUGGGAAUAAAGAGGACAACUUCCAUAAAGCCUGAUGUGCCACCAAAACCCUCAUUUGCCCCACAAACUACAACAGUUAGACACUUAAAUAAAUAUAGCUACUGA